GAUUUGGUUUUGUCAUUCUCUCUCUUCACUCACACCUAACUGGCUAUUGUCAUUGUCUUUCUCCGACCACAUUACAUCAUACAAUACAUGCACUCACAACACACACAUUCAUAUUACUCUGAGGUUUUGGUUUUGUUUUUCAGACACUCUCAAUCUCAUUUCUCUCUUCACUCAUCAGAUCGCUGUCUCUCUCUCUCUUACACACACAAGGUUCUGAUUUUAUUGGGGCAUAUGAUUGAAGAUUUUGAUCUGUUGCUUUUACCCUUUCAGUGGUAAAAGUUAUGAAAUACAGAUUGAAUUCUUAACUCUGAUAAUUGGUUACUGGGGAUUCGAACUAUGGGGUCUCAAGGUGGUGGUGAUAAUAAUGGAAAACAUUCCCAACUCCAGCCUUUGGUGCGGCAGAAUUCAAUGUAUAGCCUCACACUUGAUGAAGUUCAGAAUCAUUUAGGUGACUUAGGGAAACCACUGAGUAGCAUGAACCUUGACGAACUUCUAAAAAAUGUGUGGACCGUUGAGGCAAACCAGUCCACUGGUGUGGACAUUGAGGGUACAGCUCAAACUAGACAAGCUGCGCUGCAGCGUCAGGCUAGUCUUUCAUUAACUAGUGCUCUAAGCGGGAAGACUGUUGAUGAGGUUUGGAGGGAUAUACAACAAAGCAAAGAUAACAAGGAUAAGAAGUCUCAGGAGAGACAGUCUACAUUGGGAGAGAUGACUUUGGAGGAUUUCUUGGUAAAUGCAGGGGUUGUAGCCGAAGCAUCUACUAGGAAGAAUACUGGUGCUACAAUUGGCGUUGAUUCAAAUGUAGUGGCGCCACAGUUUCCUCAGCAUGGUCCUUGGAUACAGUAUCCACAACCACAAUAUCAACAUCCACAACAAGGUUUAAUGGGGAUUUACAUAGCAGGCCAGAAUAUAGCGCAGCCGUUACACAUGGGAGCUGGUGCUGCAUCAGAUGUUCCGUAUGCAGAUGGUCAGGUGGCACUCUCUUCACCUGUUAUGGGAACCUUGUCAGAUACUAGGAGACCUGGGAGAAAUGGGGGCACGCCAGAGGACAUGAUAGAGAAGACUGUUGAGAGGAGGCAGAAGAGGAUGAUCAAGAAUCGGGAAUCUGCUGCUCGUUCAAGAGCAAGGAAACAGGCUUACACAACUGAACUGGAGCACAAAGUCUCACGUUUGGAAGAGGAAAAUGAAAAGCUGAGGAGACAGCAGGAGCUAGAGAAAAUGUUGUCAAGUGCUCCACCUCCUGAACCUAGAUACCAGAUUCGCCGAACAUCAUCAGCUUCAUUCUGACAUCUGUACCUGUAAGGACAGGUUUGUAGAUAUGAGGCAUCAAGGGAUGCUUCCUUUAGUUUAAUGACAGUUAACAACAGACUUCUAGCUAUUUGAUGCAUUUGCAUCCAACAGCUUAUUUGUUGUUCUUAUUAGGCUCGUCUAAUUAUAACACCUCAGUGAAAUCCUUGUAGUAAAAAUUUCCUGGGGAACAUUGUAGUUUUACCAUUCAUUAUAUAGCCUUUCUAAUCAUAGGUUGAGUUUAUUAUGAAAUCUUGAUAGUGGCUAGAAUCUAGGAUGAGAUGGUAUGCUUGUUGAGCUUUGCAAUUCUUCAAGUUACCGAGGAAAAAAAGUUGCUCUUAAAGGGAUAUGAAUGGGAAAUAUGAACAUCAACCAUUAUGAAUACAUAAAAUUUUAAGCCUUUUCCA